AUGAAGGAACCAUCAAAGCCAUGGCGACCCUUCACUGCAAAUUGCUGCUCCACAGAGGACCAAACCAUUUUCAAGAACUUCAGUAGGUGCAAGCCUUCACGUUCUGACUUGUCAAAGAACAUUGCUCCUUUGCCAUCGUUCAGGAGGCUCUCCUUCUCUGAUCUCAGUCGUUCCUCGUCUGUGCGAAUCAACGAGGAUCUUGCUCAGUCUUUUGGGUCGGACUUGUUUGAUUUUCAGCUGAGUGAGUUGCGUGCCAUAACGCAGAAUUUCAGCAGCAACUUCUUGCUAGGAGAAGGAGGGUUCGGAACUGUGCAUAAGGGCUACUUAGAUGAUAAUUUCAGACUUGGUUUGAAGGCACAACCUGUUGCUGUCAAGCUUCUUGACAUAGAAGGCUUGCAAGGACACCGUGAAUGGCUUGCAGAAGUGAUUUUUCUUGGGCAGCUAAGACACCCCAAUUUGGUUAAGUUGAUUGGGUAUUGCUGUGAAGAUGAAGAACGAUUACUUGUCUAUGAAUUCAUGCCACGAGGAAGUUUGGAGAAUCACCUCUUCAGAAGGCUAACCUCUCUUCCAUGGGGAACAAGAUUAAAAAUUGCAACAGGUGCUGCUAAAGGCCUUUCCUUCUUGCAUGGAGCUGAGAAACCAGUCAUUUAUAGAGACUUCAAGACUUCCAAUGUUUUGCUUGAUUCUGAAUUCACAGCAAAAUUAUCAGAUUUUGGACUUGCGAAAAUGGGGCCAGAGGGAUCAAACACACAUGUUUCAACCAGAGUCAUGGGCACUUAUGGUUAUGCAGCCCCAGAAUACAUCUCAACAGGGCAUUUAACCACCAAAAGUGAUGUCUACAGCUUCGGGGUAGUCCUACUAGAACUGCUUACAGGAAGAAGAGCAACGGACAAAACAAGACCAAAGACUGAGCAAAACCUUGUGGAUUGGUCAAAACCUUACUUGAGUAGCAGUAGGAGGUUGAGGUACAUCAUGGAUCCAAGGCUUGCAGGUCAAUAUUCUGUGAAGGGUGCAAAAGAAUUGGCCCGUUUGGCAUUGCAAUGCAUAAGUUUGAAUCCUAAAGACAGACCAAGAAUGGCAAUGAUUGUUGAAACUCUUGAAGGCUUGCAACAGUACAAGGACAUGGCAGUUACCAGUGGACACUGGCCAGUGUCACAAAAAUCUACUAGGAAUAGAGUCUCCAACAACAAGGUGAAUGUGAACACUAGAGCCGGUGCAAACCACAAGCAACCAUCUCCAGUUAUGAGCAAGAAAACUUGA